AUGGAGCUGCUUAAUUGCAUAGAUGGUGGUGCUGUCGCCAAGGCCUCAUUCGUCAGAGCCGUGUGGUCUCAGCCGUGCUUGGCUGAGAAGUACAUUCAUUAUGCAGACAGCUCUGAUCGGGACUUCCAGAGGGACGGGCCGAGGAGGGAGGCGAACAGGCACGCUCCAUUCUCGGGGCUCAGCAGGCCUCUCGUCCCGCGGCUGAUUGACACGCGGGCCCACUCUGUGAAGGGUGCUGUCCUCAACGCUUCACAAAUAUCAGCUCAGAACAGCCCCACGAGGAUGGUUAUCGGCAUGCUCUGGCCCAGCUACGUCCGAGUCACCUGGGGCACCCCCUGGACCUACCUGCCCCCAACUCCUCCCCCCAUCUUGACUGUCUCUGCGUCUUUCAGUCUCUCUGGCGUGUGUCUGCCCUGUGUCUCUGCCUCCAUCUCCACCUCCGAUUCUGUACUACAUCAGACCUUCGAAGCUGGAUGCAGAAACCACCCCCCUCCAGCAUCCCAUUCUGUGGCUCGUGCCUCCUCCCCCCACUCCUCCGCCCGCCGCCCCCGCCGCCCCCGCCCCAGAUUUCCGGCGGAGCAGGCGGGCAGGCGGGCAGGCGGGCCGGCGGGCGGGGUACCCACGGGGCCCGCUGCCGUCAGCGUCCCUUCCCGGCGGCCGCGACCCCUCCGCGCUGACCUCACCCGCGCCGCCGCCUCGCGCAGAUAUAAGCAGCGGCCCCGCGGCGAGGAGGGCAACCGGCGCACCGGGUCCUACCAGCGCUCCUCGACUCUUGACCCGCCGGCCCCAGACCCCGAAUCUCCGGAUCGGAGCCCAGGAUCCCGGACCGGUCCGCGGAGCUCGUGCCAGGCAGACACCAAGAUGCCUGGCCCCUGGUUUCUGUUAGCCAUGGCUUUGACCUUGACCCUGACGGGUGUCCCCGGAAGCUGUGCACAGCUGGAUGUGGCCCAGCAAGAGGUGGACCUGUCCGAGCAACAGGGCCUGGAAGACCUCCUGCGGCAGGCGGAGCGCCUCCUCCUCCUCCGGGAAGACCUCCAGCAACUACGAGACCAGGAUGACAGCGUAUCUGAGCCCCAGAUCUUUCAACCCGAUUGGUUCUCCAAGCGUCAGCAUCCUGGCAAAAGGGAGGAGGAGGCAGACGAGGGAGUGGAAGGAGAAGGGGAAGAAGGAGGGGCCGCGGGACUCCGCAAACGGCAGCACCCCGGCCGGAGGGACGACGUGGCGGCUUGGGCGGUGGACGCGGGUCAGCAGAAGCGGCAGCAUCCCGGCCGGCGCGCCUCCUGGCUUGGGUACGCUGUCGCCAAGAGGCAGCACCCAGGCAGACGACUGGUGGACUCCAAGGCCCAAAGGAGCUGGGAGGAGGCAGGGGAGGACGGAGACGAGGACGAGGAUGGACAGCUGUUGCCCGAGAAACGCCAGCAUCCCGGAAAGAGGGCCCUGGGGAGCCCGUGCGGACCCCGGGGACCCUGCGGCCAAGCCAGCCUUCUGCUGGGCCUCCUCGAUGACCUGAGCCGGGGGCAGGGGGCUGAAGAGAAGCGGCAGCACCCUGGGCGGCGAGCAGCCUGGGCCAGUGAGCCCUUGGAGGAGUGAGCCCCGUUGCCUGUAAACUCAGUUUGUGGCCUAGGAGCGUCUUGAGCCCUGUGCACCCUACCCCCUGUGACCCCCCUUUUCCCCUCCUUAGAUGCCUGACCAUACUCCCGAGCCCCCCAGUUUACACACACGUCAAACCCUUGGCCUUGCCUGCCUACAUCAGGGAUGUGAGAAAGCCAGCCGAUGAGUUCAAAC